AUGGAAAAUCGAAGUUUUGAUGUUGAAGAUAUUCUCGAUCUAACUGAUACCGAAGAUACGUCUUCGUCUUCUUCAAAUAUUGGGGUAUACGACAACCGAACACCUCUUGUGAUGGAUAUUCAUGAGGUUAAGAAAGACGAUCCUAUUGCGGAAAAUAGUUCACCUGAAACAAAGAUUAAGAAGCUGAAAAAGAAGAAGAAAGUUAAGCAAGUCACCGAUAAAAUGGAGCCGAGUAUUUCUUCGGAGAGCGCAGCAGAAGUCAAUUCUCUCGUUGCAGCAGUUGAGGAAGGCGCUAAAGAGGAGUUUUUCGAUGCACACGAGAGUUACCAUGUUAUUCCAGAUAAUCAAAUCGAAAAUUCAGAAGCUCAAGUAAUUCUGGCUUUAGCUGCUUCUGAGCAUGAGCAAGGACCAAAAACAACUACACAACAGACCUCAAGUACCCAACCACCUUCCGCAAACCUUACCGAAUCGGAUAAAAAGCCUUCGAUUAUUUCAAAACCAGUAACACGUCACGAUUGA